CCUGUGUAGCCACGCCUAUGAGCGCUCGAGGCUAUGAGGCAUGUUGUCAAACUGGUAUGUUUCGUAGGCUACGUGAUGGUGGGCCAUCGUAAUUACGUUUUCUUCUGAAAUAAACAGCAGCAAGGAAAUCCACGGAGGAAUCUGAAGGUGUUUUCAUGUAAAACCUGUGUUUCCGUGUGCGGAACACAAUAGGGCGUACAGAUACAAUGCCACGGUUUCCAGAGAUAUGCUUCAGUUUGCUAUCCAUGCUGUAUCUUGUUAGGGGCAAAGUAAUCUACAAUGGAAAUGAUGUGUUCCUAGAAGAGAAAUCAGCAGGCUCUUUUCUCUCCCGUAAACUGCUGUAUAACAGUUGGGACUUCGAGCUAGUGACGCCCGGCAAUAUAGAGCGAGAAUGCAACGAGGAAAUAUGCUCAUAUGAAGAGGCAAGAGAGGUGUUUGAGGAUGAUGCAAAGACGGCCGUUUUUUGGAAGGACUAUGUUAACAGUCAUGAGACUUUGCCCAGAGUGGAUGUGUCUGGCCUGGUGGCUGGCAUUUUGGCUGUUGUAAUAGUAGGUAUAAUAGCCAUUGUGCUUGGCAUUUAUUGCUACAAAAACAGAGGCAAAACUUCUAGAGGGGGCAGUGUUCCUGUACGUUUGGCAGCAGAUGGACAGUCAGCAACUGAACAUGUGCCCUUAGCUAAUAUCGCACCCCCAGGUCUCCCCUCUUACAAUGAGGCCCUGGCCUCCAGUGGCCAGCAUGACGCACCGCCACCUCCUUACUCUGGUGGGGUUACAUCUGAACCACUAAAUCCUCAAGAUGCAGAGUGACAAAGGGAUUCUGUUGCUUUUGAAAGGGGGGGAUGAAAUGGAAGCAAAGCUCCUUUUAGUUCUGCAAGCUGGUGAUGGUCAUGUGCCGCAGAGAGAGGACUUUCAACAGCAAUGUAGUGUAGUUUACUUCACAAAUUCUGUAAUUUAUUACACCAAUCCUAAUACAACAUGUGUGCUACAGUUAAAAAAGUUUUUUAUUAUUUUGCUACUAUCUUUAUAGAGGAAAGCGCAACCCUGUGUCAGCCUUAACUGUCAAUAUUUUUAUAAAUAAUAUUUGUUGACACUUUUUUUGUUUUGUUUUUUUAGAGGGGUGUCUAGAGACACUUUUUAAUUGUUAAACAAAAUGCUGUUUUAUUGAACUUUUAUU